AUGCGGUAUGAUGGGACGCCACCGUCGAUGCAUGAGAUCACAGACAGACACCCUCGUCAGAGCGCCAGCUGCAACCCGUACACCGAACACCGCAGGCCCACAGAUGAAGCCGAGACGUUCGUCAACGCUCGAGCAACACCUGCAGGACCUGCGGUGCGGAGGGAGUGCCCACCUCGUCAGGCGACACCCCAUCUCGAUGGCGAGGACAUCAACGAGCUCGUCAGCCCGAAGACGCCCUCUGUCCCGACGAGAACGGCGGCAAGCUCGCCAGCCCGCCAAACGCCCUGUCCUAGCUUUAUUGUCGAUAUCGGAGUUGAAGUGAAGGUGGCAGCGGAGGCUGGAAAAGCGCUCGAGGUCGUGUGGUAA